GUACUCGUCCCUAACCACCAUCAGCAGUUUCCCAUCCUUGGCCUCUAUUCAGUUGCGUGCGAAAUGACCGGCACGAGUACUUCUCCUCCUCCUCCCAUGAAGAAAGCUCAGUCAGCCGACGCCGCCCACGAACCGAAGCCAAAGGCGCUCGCACCGGCUUCCCGGAACCGCGCAUCGACAGCGUCGACGACAUCGAAGCCUGUGCAUACGAAGGCACAGCCUCUACAUCCCUCGAAGAACCAUGCUUUACAACCUGGGCAGAAGAAGGUGCCACACCGCUCUGGCAAGCCUAUAAUCAACUGGCUCCAACGGAAGUGGACCGGGACGGUCAGAUCGAAGCGCGCUGCGGAGAACAUCCAUCAGGAGAUAGGAAGGACAAAGGGCAGGAAGGGAGGUCAUUCGACACGAUCGUCGAGCCGCGCUGUGUCGUCCCCUUUGCCCUCUCCAGGCGUUAACGCGCGGCCGAACAAGCUCGAGCCCAUCGUGCCUGUGCGCCGGAAGACGGUGUCGCUGAACGGAGACGACUUCUCCCCGCGGUCAUCGAUUUCUGAUGAUAGAUCGUCGCUCCCGUCGUCCUUCGCGCGAGACUCGACAUACUCCCCCAUUCGCGCGCUGGAGGCCGACGAAGAUGCUUCCAUGCGGCCCAUCCCUCCCAGUGCGCCACCGUCCCCCUCUCCCUCGAGGUCAUCUUCGUCGUACCUCUCCGAUCCCCACACCUUCAAGAGCAUGGCCGCCAGCACAAAGCCCACCACCCUGCUCAGCGUCGACCUAAACGGGGGCGGCAUGGCACAUAUUGCGCAAGCGCCGCUGACGCCAUCUAGCUACCGCCAGCAGCGCACAGCACAUGCUCGCACCUCGUCCACAGGCACGAAUCUCGCGAAUAGCGGCGGGUCUAUCACGUUUUCGGCCCUUCCGCCAUCUCCCACGCAGUCUACUGCUGCAGGCUCUGCGUCGGGUGACUACAUUCAGGCUCCGCUCCACACAGCGCACCAUCCACGCAACAACCCUCGACCCUCAUCUCCGCCUAUCGACAAUGCGUCUGUUUUCACGCUCGCUUCGUCCGCUUACGCCAUUCCGGGCAUGCGCAACGGAGCCGCGCUGAACGCCUGGAGUUCGGCCCCGCCGUCUGCGUUCGGUGCAGGCGAUUCCAUCUCCCACAUGGACAGUGUGGCGUACCCCGAUGGCGAGAGCACGAGCCAUUGGGGUCUGGGCGAUGAAGGCAUCGACGAACGUGACUUUGACGCUAGUGUUCGUGCCCUACGUCCGCGCAGCUCUCGGAGGGGUAGCUGGGAGAGCGAGGUCAGCCGAUGGAGCGCUAGAAUCCAGAGUGGUGUCGGCACACCCUCCCUCCAAGGCGCAUCGCUUAUGCGCGAGCGUAGCCUGUGGACGACGAACAGCAUGAGGACGGGCAACCCCAGCGAGCUUGACCCCGGUGAGGGUGACGAGUAUGAUCGUGCGUCUGCACCCGGAGACGUGGAGGUGAUUGACGAGGAAGAGACCACCGGAGAGAGCGCCGAGAAGGGCAAGGAUUCCAGUCUGACUGUGAAGAAACCGAAGGAGGAGGAUAAGUCCCCUCUGUUGGACGUCAAGGAUACCGUCGUACGCAAGCUGUCCAGCGAGACGAUCGGCACCCCGAACCCGUCUGGUGCUGGCGAGGCUGAGGAGAAUGCUCCCAAGGAUUCGUGCGACACCGAGGCGACGGCCAAGCAGAGCCCUACCAAGGAAGUCUCCGUAAAGGAGGAUGAGGCUGCUUCGUCGCCCAAAGACAAGGAUCUGCUGUUGACGCCGACGCUAUGAUUUGCCUCUGACACUGUACCAUAGUUAUUCGUGUCUUCCAACUUCGUUGUCCCGUAUUCUAUGCUUACCUCCUUGAUGGAGUACUGGACCGAUCCUCGUCACUCGCUUACGCUACGUCGCCUAUUCCGGUUCCUUUCCCUCGUAUCUAUGUGCGUUCUCGCUAUGACUUGUGCGGUUUCUGCUGUGACCUUCCGCGGUUAUCGUCAUGACCUUCCUCGGUUAUCUUUGUACAUAGGCAUCUUGGGCAGGGUCCUGCGAAGAGAGCGUAUCGCGUAUCUACUGCUGCUUAUUUCCCCCGUUCCCCUCCUCUCUAGCCCGCCGCGACACCACUGACUGCUUCCUCGUGUAUCGUCCCUCGUUCGUCCAGCGUAUUCGUUGACAAUUCUGAUCUGCAUUGGUUUGA